GCCCUCGCCGUCCCUGAGCAUCGGGAUGGACUCCUGCGUCAUCCCCCUGAGACACGGGGGCCUUUCGCUGGUGCAGACCACCGACUUCUUCUACCCCUUGGUGGAAGAUCCGUAUAUGAUGGGGCGGAUAGCUUGUGCCAACGUGCUGAGUGACCUCUACGCCAUGGGCAUCACCGAAUGUGACAACAUGUUAAUGUUGCUCAGUGUCAGCCAGAGUAUGAAUGAGGAGGAGCGAGAAAAGGUAACGCCGCUCAUGAUCAAAGGUUUCCGGGAUGCUGCUGAGGAGGGAGGAACUGCAGUCACAGGUGGGCAGACCGUGGUCAACCCUUGGAUUAUCAUCGGUGGAGUUGCCACUGUGGUAUGUCAGCCGAAUGAAUUCAUAAUGCCCGACAGCGCAGUUGUAGGGGAUGUACUUGUGUUAACCAAACCCUUAGGAACUCAGGUUGCAGUCAAUGCCCACCAGUGGCUGGAUAAUCCUGAGAGAUGGGAUAAGAUAAACAUGGUGGUCUCCAGAGAAGAAGUAGAGCUGGCUUAUCAGGAGGCUAUGUUCAACAUGGCUACCCUAAACAGAACUGCUGCUGGAUUGAUGCACACGUUCAAUGCCCACGCAGCUACCGAUAUCACAGGCUUUGGCAUUUUAGGACACUCUCAGAACCUCGCUAAACAACAGAGAAAUGAGGUGUCAUUUGUCAUUCAUAAUCUGCCAAUCAUUGCCAAGAUGGCUGCUAUCAGCAAGGCCAGUGGGCGGUUUGGACUCCUUCAGGGAACCUCAGCUGAAACCUCUGGGGGAUUACUGAUUUGUCUGCCAAGAGAACAGGCAGCCCGCUUUUGUUCAGAAAUCAAAUCUUCCAAGUACGGUGAGGGUCACCAAGCAUGGAUUGUCGGCAUUGUGGAAAAAGGAAACCGGACAGCUCGUAUCAUUGACAAGCCUCGAGUUAUAGAGGUUCUACCUCGUGGGGCUGCUUCUCCUGCUCUUGCCCUUGAUAAUUCCAGCGCCUCUUCUGAGCGUACCUCAUGAACUGGAAUAGCAGAAGUUACUGGGACCUUAGCACCUUUGUAUACAAUCUUGGGCGAUUCCCAAGAGUUCAUUUUAAGCAAUUUCCAAAGAAGGCUACCUGUGUAGUGGUUUCAGCUAUCCUUUUCUAGAGAAUUUAAAUGAGCCCAUCCAAAUCUGCCUGUGUGUACAUUCCAAGGCCAGAAAUUACAUUUUGAACUUGGGGGGACAUGUGUUCACCUCUUGGGUGAAUGAGAAACAAGAAAAUCUUGUUUCCUCUUUCCAGAGCCAGACGAGGCUAUACCAGUUUGAGGGAUUUUCCUUUGCACUGGGCUGAUUUAUUGCUGCACAGGGAGUGAGGUUAUUAAAAUUACACAAGAGAUUUGAAAGAUGAAAAAUUAGAAGCAAAUUUGGACCAAUACUGUUGAUAAAUUUGAAUUGUUACGAGCGAUCUUAUGGUGUAAUGCCAAAUUGUUUGUUAGAUGUUUCUAAGGAAUUGUCUCUUUCCUGCUCUGGACAAGAAUUGAGCAGCUUGUCCAAUGACUGGGAAAGAGGACCUGCAGCCACCUGACUUGGUCUCUGUUAAUGAUGUCUUUCCCUCUAAACCCCUUUAAGGAUUGGGAGAGGCAGAACAAGCCCCAGAGCCCAGGUCUUGGUGGUUAUUAAGAUGUUAAGUCUUUUGCUGAAACUCCUGCUGAUUUAAUUAAAUUAAAGAGUGAUUUCUAGUUAAAUUAAAAAGAGACUUGGAAAUCUC